AUUUUCACCUAUAAAAAUGCCCCGAGAAACCGUUCGGACAAAUAUAAUGAAAUUAAAAAUUGUGCAAUCUAUGAAAAAAUAUUUCUUAACCCCUUCAUUAGUAAAUUAAAUUUCAGCACGUAUUAACAGCAUUAAUAAAUAUCUCCCGUCGUAAAUAAUUCUUUUUAAUUGAAAUUUGGGCUCACAAAGUCCUUAAAAAGGUGAAAUCAUUCAAGGAAAUUUUUAAAAUCUUAAAGUUCCUUUUCAUCAACAUAACCUAACCUCAACCCAUUGCCGAAAUUAUUUUUAAAAAAUUUUCAACAUAUAAAUGUCGUUAGUUCACAUUCGGCCAAAAAAAAACGAAUUUGCAAAAUUUCCAAAAUGGUUUUAAACAGUACAAAUUAUCUCCUCAUCAAUCAAUAAACAUCAACACCUAUUCAAAUAAUUAAUUUAUAUUGUUAUACAUGGAAAGAUGCCAUAAUGCCGCACAUAAAAAAUAACAAUCACCAAAAAAUCAAUCAAAAACGUUGAACAAGUAUUUAUUACCAAAAAAGAAUCAGCUGAUUGGAGGCCAACAGGUGCUGCAGAGAACACGAACUCCCCUCCACUAUAACCGCAGUGUCAUGAAACCUGAAAGCUGAAAGUGUUUCUGAGAAUUGCAUGGCCACGGCGAUAAUAACCGUAAAGGAAAAAACAGUGGAAAUCGACAAGAAAAAGAUUUUGACAAACAAGUGGUUGAAUUUGGAAGACUGGUGUUCCUUGUACAAAAUAGUCCGAAGAGCUGCCCUUCGGAAUAAUAAAAUUACCGCCGGACGGAAAAGCUUGGAGAGGAGAAAAUCCACUCAGAGAAUGGAUGUCUAUUACUCUUACGAAGCCCCAAAAGACUCCAGCUCCCUUCCAACGAUAAAAGCUCGAGUGUCUCCAGCGAAGGCACGUUCCACUGAGAAGAGCCCCCCUAAAGCCUCAAAAACCAGCACAGAAAAGACCUCCAGUUCUGCAGAACUUCCAGACAGUCCAGAGUCAAAAGUUCGGCGUUUGAUGGAGGGAAACGACGAGGAGUACGUGCCCCCAGAGGUGCCCAAUCAUCUCAAGACCCAAGAGGACUUGCAGUACGUCCCCAGCAGGAAGAGCUUCUUGAAGCAAAUAAAAUCUGAAAAAUCAACACCUGAUGACGCCUCAGACGAAUUAGCAAUUCCCAACAAGGACUCUUACGUUCCAAAUACCGUAUCGAAUUUGCGAAAACAAUCGAAGCACGAGAUGUACGAACCCGUUGGUGCCUCCUCACUAUCCCCAACAGUCACUGAAGCCUAUGUACCGAGCUCCAGAGGCUGUGCCAUCAGCUGCGAGGAGUACACACCCUCGUCAGGAUCAAAAUUGGCGGACGACACAGCUUACGUGCCGAAUUCCCUCGCCAGUUUGAAGAAAAAACCAAAGCUCGAGAUGUAUGAACCCUGGGAGGGGACUCUACUGUCCUCAGAAGUGACAGAAGCCUAUAUCCCCAGCUCCAAAGGCUCCAGCACGACAAUCGAGGAGUACGAACCCGAUUUUGCCACGAUGAGUGUCGAUCCUGACGUCACUUACGUUCCCUCUUCGAAAAACCAAAAGAUAGAGGAGCUUUCUGAGGAAAACGACAAGCCCAGAGUUCGAGGGCAGAAGGGGUUGAAAGAGGGAAAGAAACAGUGCUCGAGUAGAAAGGAAAGUUUGGAGGUACACUAGGCUCUUCGUCAUUCAGCCUCUUCGUAGGAUAAACCUCAUGGGGUAGCAGCUGGAGCUUCAAGGGUCUCCUCAUAAGCUGAUCAAAUGCUGGUGUCAGUUCAAAGCAAUUUUUAAACAGCGAGACUCUAGCAAAAACAUACAGUCCCAGUCUAGCCCUAGACAUGGCGACAACCAAACGUCUAGCAUCCCUCAGAUGUCCUACAGCCCUGGUCUUCACCAAGCUCAACAAAAUAUAAUCGUUCUGCUGUCCCUGAUACUUGUCAACAGUUGUCACCUUACUGGGUCUUCCAAUAAGUGGAUUAUUAGCACAUCUGAUAUUGAUAACAUCCCUGAUGAGGUGCUUCUGUCCAUUGUAAGUAGUGAGGAUGCUGAUCUUAUCAGCAGGAUACCCCAGCAAUCUCAUAUACAUAAAAACAGCAACGCAGUACUCGGCUUCAGCUAAAUUCUGAUAGAAAUAGGCGCUGGGCUCACUCUCCCCAACUCCAUUGAAGUCUUCGACAUUAACGAGUUGAAAAUCAUACAAAAAUCCAGCAUUCGCAACAAGAUACUCUGGCGAUUGUUCCACAUGAUUGAGAUUCCCCAGUUUCUUGUAUCUCCAAUUGUACAGAUCACAAAUACUCGGUCUAGCUCUUCCCUGGCCGUCGAGGUCCACAGUGGGGACGCCCAGCCGAACAAACCGAGCGAACAAAGAUUGCUCCAUAUUCGAGUACUUCUGGAAAGCCAUGUUCUUAAUCACUGGUGGUAGCUGAUGAUGAUCUCCAAUCAUAAUCCACCUCUUCAGCCGAUUGUAGCCGUCCUGGGGAUUCUGGAGGAGCAGGGGAAUGAACGUUUCAAUCUCUAAUAUCUGGGCACUCUCCUCCAUAAGAAUAUUGUCGUAUUUGAAUCCCAUGUCUACUAGCUCUCGGCGUUUCAGAGCUGCGUGGGUACAAGUCAUGGCGAUCACCUUGGCUUCUUUAACGAGCAGAUACUUGGAUCUGUCCAGACCUGAUCGAAGGAGCUCAAAUGCCCUAAACUCCUCCAGCUGCGUAAAAAGUCUCUCUAUGUACCUGAAACAACUUCUUGCAAUCUCCACGUCUUCGUCGAACAUACUCUUCUUGAACAGUGGCUGAGGAGCGUUGUCAAAGAACUUGUGAAAUGGAAAUUCUUCGUCCACAAUGUUUACAGGAAUUAUAACGUUUCCUGAGGAUCUCUUUUUUAUUCUGUCUUCGAAUCUCUCCCAUCGUGUCAUCACCUGAUCUUUGAAGAAGUGACCAGCUGUCUCGCAAGUGUAAGCGACGUCUCCUUUUACUUCUAGAGACUCCUGCAGGCGUUGGACAUCCAUCAAUAGGUCCAAACGUUUGGCAAGAACGUAGUUCACUCUUCCAUACCUUUAGAGGUUGAUGAAAAUAAUUAUUAUUGUGGAUGAGGAAAAGAUUGAAAUGUAAAAAACAAAUCGAUGGGAUGAGUCAAUGAUGUUACAAUUUUCUGCUAUAGAAAAAAUUGUGCUGCUUUGUAUUGUUUGGCCAGUGUUAAAACUCAAUUGAAUGAAAAUAAAAUAUAAAAAGUGGUAAAACAUUCGCGAGAAAUUCAAUAGCAAUCUAAUCAAUUUUUCUAUAGUUUUCUACACAAAACACCUUUAGAUAUUUAAUAGACUUGUCUGUACAAUCUGCAUUUUAAAAAUAAAAUUGUACCUGCUGAAAUC